GGAUCAGGGCUAACAUGUUAAUUAGCGGUCACAAAAUCGUACCGGAAGUCAACAACGAGCCCCUCCCACUCUUUACCUGCAGCCGGCCAUGCACUCCUGCAGCUGAUUGCAGCUGGUGGUUCUUCUCUUCUCUUGGUCAGGAGUGCGAGUAUAAUCUAGGAGUGGUGAGCGUGAUUAAGACCUAGAGAGGUUAUGGAUGCUUUAGAGAAGAGUCUACUGGAGGGAGAUGAUGCUAAGCAGAAAGUGCAAGUUCCAAGAGAAGUGCAUGGCAUACUGACUGUACACAUCAAGACAAUACUACUCAAGGAUAUGGAAGUUGACUCUCGUAUGUUGAAGUUGCUUACACUCAAUGUGACUCUGUGCCACAAGACCAAGUACUUCACAUUCCAACAGAGCAGCAAGAAUACAGACUCUGCUGUGUGUGAUAGCAUCAAGCAUUGGAGUGUCAAGCUGCCUGAAGACUGCACUGGUCAUGACAACAAUGUGCUGUUAGAGUUGGUCACUGCAUCUCCCUUACUGCCUCACACUACCACCACUCUGAGCAAGGCAGUACUCCACCUACAUGACAUUAUACACACCUCUCCACUGUCUGGGAAAUGUGAGCUAACUGAUCUAGACACAUGGAGUGCAUUCGGUACAGUGUAUGCUGACUGGGCAUUCUGUUAUGGAGACUUUGGAUAUGGAGAGUCAUUUCAGUUGAGGCACUCUCUCCACAAGCCCCAACACUAUCUCCAUUAUUGUCUCUUCCCACGUCUGACUCCUCCCACUAAGAGGGCAGACCACAACGGACUGAUACAGAAUCCACAUCCCACAAGACACCCUCUAUUCAUUCCUUUCAACCAACCAGUGAAACUAUGUAAGCAGGAUUCUGAGGAAGUUCUUAUUGACACACCACACUACACUCCACAGCUACUCAUAGCUAGAAUGCCUCGGUUGCGUGUACUGUGUCAGACACUGCAGACAAUGAUGAAUCGUAGGGAGAGGCUAAAGUUUCUUGAGGAGAAACUGACAAUGAGAGAGAGUACUCCACCCACAAGCUUUGCAGUCCCCAACAUUAUGAACACUGGCCUACUCUAGCUGUAUAGGGAACACACACAAGUGUAGCUAUAUUUCCUCUGUUGUGGUUGUUGUAUCAUUGAUUGCAUUUGUGAUAAACGAGUGCUGAAAUGACUACUGCAGCCGUUGAUUAUGAACAGUUAGUGGAAGAGGUCAGAUCUGUAGCGCUCCAAUACACAGGACAAGAGUGGCCAGUCAUCAAGAAAUCGAAAGAUGUGGAAAUAUCGUCCUACAGUAUUCCAGGCAACAAGUGUAAAGUAUAUAAGGCUGUGGGGGAGCUGGAUGUACCUCCCACAGUCCUGUACAGACAUGCCACCUUCUUCCCAGGAGAUACUCACAACCCAAAGAGAAAUGUUCACAACGCUGUCAAAUUGUGGGAAGUAUUGCGGGAACUGAGUGAUACAAUGUACAUUCAGCGCACUGUCUCCAAGAGCAUUGGAGGUGGUCUCAUUUCCGCUCGAGAGUACAUUGAUAUUGUGGGCAUGUUCUCAGAGGAUAAUGUGCACAUGGUGUGUGGUAAGUCUGUACUCUGUAUACCGUAUUACUAGAAUAUUUUGCAAAAAUUUGACCCUUUGCGAUCUAACUAUUGCGUUCUGGCAAGGAUCGUGUGUAUUUACUAGUAAUAAUUUAGGUUUUGCGGAUUUUAAUGUUGCGAAUUGAUCAACCAUCGCAAAGUUCGCAAAAGUUUGAUGCUUGCAAAACAUUCUAGUAAUACAGUAUUUAUAAUGUGCCAUAUCAUGAGGCAGGUACAGGUAUAGAGUAUCCAUAUCCCACGGAUGACAAGUGCACACGAGCUUGGAACCAUAUCUUUGGACUGCUCUAUUCUCCUGUGAAGGGAAGCCCCACAAGACCAAGUUAGUGUACUUGUUGCAAACAGACUUGAAAGGGAAGCUACCCACAAGAAUAGUCGAGUCAGCACUACCAGACAUGCAGUUAUCCUAUUACAGCAAUCUACGCAAAGCCAUCAAGGAAGGAUUCAACUUAUGACAAUGUACUAUGUGUACAUGCAAUUGCAAUGUAUGGAGAAAUGUCAAUUCUUAUAAUUAUAUCAUCCAAUGUAUAAGCUCAGUCCAUUUAAAUUUUAAGAGUUCACAGAAUUUUUUUAUCCCACCAAUAAUUAUAUCAUACAUUGUACACGUAGUUCUCUAA